AUGGUACAACCAACGGAGGAGGCGCCGACACCCACCGGUGACCCUGCCGUGGUCGAAGCGAUCGAACUUGCGGACCUCGCCGGCGCGCGCAUCAAAGACACCGAGGUGGCGGCGCUAGCGGCCGGCGUCAUGGCCCCGUCAGACCUCGUACGCCCGGUGGCCAACGGGGAAGCCUCCAAGAACACUGAACAACAAGGACAAGACGGCGGUCCGCAGGAGGGCGCGACGGCGAAAGUCAAGAUCGAGAGCGACGAGGAGAGCUCGGAGGACGAAGAGGAACAAAGGGCCCCCGCCGGCACGGUGGGCGGGGAGCGGGCACAACAACAGGCGGAGGGCAUGGAGGUAGAGAAGGAAGAGUCGAGCGCCGCCAACAAAGGCAAGAGAAAGGCGGCCAUUCUUGAAGCGGAGGAGGAAGGAGGAGGAGGGGGAGCGGAGGGCCGGCCCGAGUGGAUGGAGAUGGAGCCCGAGGAAGAGGCUGGGGACGGGAGCAGUGAGGUUUCUUCCGAAGAUAGCGAAGUUAUUGAGGCUCCGAGGAGAAACAAGGAUCCCCAUCUGCCCCUCACGGGUCCCCUGUCGAUCCGGCCUAUCGGAGACGUAUCCGACGGGGAGGAUGAAGAGUUCAUGGGUGCCGCGUUGCCCAUGACGAAAAACGAGGAGUUGGAGCCCAUCUUACCCCUGGGAGAGGUGUCCUUGGAUGGGGCCGAAGUGCAAGAGGUUGGCAAGAUCCUGUCGCUGGUGGAAGCAGACGGGACGAUAGUGGUUCAGGGGAAGCCGGGGCUGGUUCUCGACGAGGGGUGUGUGCUUGCGUCGCGCGUCGUCGAGCCAAAAGAGAAUGGCGAACCCUCGGGGGAGGCGACGGGAGCCACGGAGCCCCUGGGCCGCAUCCACGAGAUAUUCGGACCUUGCGCGCUCCCUCACUACACCGUGCGCGUGCAAGGGGCGGCCGUGCAGCACCAGGUCGUCGUUCGUUACCAGGUUGCCCUCAAGAAACUCUUGCAGAUGGAGAAGGAGCGAGCGGACGCGCACAUGGCGGUCAUCGAGAAGAGAGUAGAAGAGGAGGCAGAGGCCGCCGCGCUCCGCGACCCGGCGAUCGCCAUAGCCGCUGAGGAAGCCGCUCUCAAGGCGGCCGUGGCAGCAGCGGCUGAGGCGGACGCGGCAGUGGCAGCGGCAGCCGCGCCCAUGACCGGGGCCCAGAUUCGCGAGGAUGCGAUGCGACGGUCCCGUGCCAAGAAGAAGCCCAACCCCAACAACGACCAGAAGCUGGAGGACAUCAGGAAGGUGGUCGUUGACGCGCAGGAGGCCAUGUUGACGCGCGACCUGCACCCGUUCUCCCGUUGGAAGAACGGGGCCCACCGUGUACGCACUCAAGAACGCCCAGAUGUUGCAGAAAGAAAAGAUCUUGAAUGACAAAGGGACGGACGCUUCCAACUGCCACGACGA